GUUUACACCAACUCCAGCGCCAUGGUGAAACGCGCAUAUGAUGAGGGCGGCCCUUCAGGACGAGCGCCCAAAGUUCCACGCCACGAAUCGGUCGACCGGCUUUCACAACUCAGCGACGAACUGCUCCUCCGCAUUCUAUCUUUCGUUCCCACGUCGACUUUGGGCCUUUGUCAAAGGCUAUCCCACAAGUUCCGGCGGAUAGCGGGUGAUUCGCAACUAUGGAAGGCGGUAUACUACAACCGCUUUGUACGUCCCAGAGCGUCUCGUCUACCAGGCAUCAAAGACCCCAGCAUGUCCUCCAAUCACCUUUUUUACUCUUCGAAAUUGUCCAAGUGGCUGGACGACGAGCAUCUUGUGCGGAGAGGCCAAGAGACAAACUGGAAACGGCAAUAUAAACUACGCCACAAUUGGUCGCAAGGGAAAUGUGCCGUUCGGGAGAUAUCUGUCACGGAGAAGCCACCGGUACCACCGCUAAUAGUAAGCAUGCAUGAGGGAAUUGUGUAUACAGUGGACUCAAUUGCAGGACUCCGAGCCUGGUCCUCCAAGAAGGACCGCAAGCUCAUCGCCUCGGUCGAGCUUGAGACGCAAACGAACGGCAGCCCGACCUCCUUAGCAGUGGAUACGCAGGAGUUGUCUAUGAAUCGGCACCGACUUGUGGUCGGUUUUGAGGACGGCCACUUCUCCGUUUACGAGCUUCAGGUACACACGGGCUGUUUUCUCGAACUCUAUCACCACCCACAGUCAUCGAAUGGCAUGCUAUCGGCAGUGGCGUACGCAUCACCGUAUCUCGUUACUAUGACGGAAGGGCAACUGCUCUCGUUGUACAAGUUUCCAGAAGCAAAAAAGGACGACCUGGUGCAGGAUCUGCUUGACCCACCACAAUUGCUCCACUCUCUCCGGUCACAUACUGUCAGCCCACCGCUGUCACUUACCAUCCGGCCAGCAUCAGGCAGUAUAAUAGCUUCUAUAGCGUACUCUGUGCCGACAUACCUUUCCGGAUGGUCAGUAGGCAUUCAAGAGAUGCGGUUGACAUCCGAUGGAGAGUUGAUCGAAUCACGACUGGCCUCCGCCGCGAACGAUGACUUCCAUUCUCUCGCUCGCUCAGGCCCGUUCUCCUCGCUGUCAACUCGGCCAUCUUCCCCAAAUCUCGUUCCGGCUCAGGGCUCGUCUUUUGGGUCUCGGGACGCGCACGCUAAACCUACAUCACUAUCCUAUUCUCACCCAUAUCUUCUGGUGUCUCAUCCAGACAACACCCUUACGCUGUAUCUGGUUACAUCCACGUCUUCUUCACUAUCGAUUGGCCCCGGAAGCCGGUUAUGGGGUCACACUUCCUCCGUCUCUGGGGCUCACGUUGGUGGCAGGGGUAAGGCUGUGUCUGUUAGUAACCACGGGGAUGAAUUACGCGUAUGGGAAUUGGAAGGAGGAAUGGCGUCGUCGGCAACCAGGAGAAAGCUGGUCACUGGAGAGCUCAGCGUGCGACUCAGACCUGAGAAUGGCGUGUCUUCUCAAAAUCUGGAUGCUAUAUCUGAUGCAAUUCUGCAACGAGGAUUUGGCUUAGGCCUCGCCCUGGAGCAUAAGAUGGAGAGCAUGUCGGUGACCCGUGGAUGGGUGGGAUUCGAUGACGAAAAUGUCAUCGUUUUGCGGGAAAAGAGCCAAGGCAGUCAAGCGUUGGUUGUAUAUGAUUUCACAUGAUCCUAGCUCCAGCAAGCAUUAGAUACCCCCCAGUUGAAGACUUAGCCCCAGUUGAAGACUUCUUUGUUAUCGCUCACACCAGAAGCACCAAGUGAGUAUGCAGUUCGCUUUCAGCGAGAUCAUCUUUUGAGCAAGCAAUGAGACCCUACAUAUGUUGAACAAUAUGCAGACCAAACCGCUGGGCAACCCUAGACAGUUUCUGCAUGUUCCCGCUGCACUGAAAUACCAAGGAAAGG